AUGAAUCAUAAUGUAAUUGUCUUUGGGCACUUGCAAAUCUGCUUAGGAACGUCAACAGGGCAGGAGCUGAACUGCAUGAAUAAAUGUGAAGGAGCCUUUAGUUUACUCCGUUCCGUGCUGUCAACAGCGGAACGAGGAGUGAGCCGCCACGUGCCCGCCGGCGCGACCUCGGUCGGUCAGCGCGACCUCGGCCACCGCUCCAGACGCCCCCCGCUUAGUCCGAGCCUCCCCCUGGGAGAGGCCACACACUCGGCCAGCUCCUCAGAGUCUGAGCAAGAACGCCUGGCUCAGAAUGCGAGGCUGGAGCGUCCACGAGGGACCGCCCUUCCGGCUUCCUCCUGUUUUACCAACGAGGAACUCCAGGCCUGUGGUGCGUGGCGGCCCGGAGUUCACUGCCGUCGAGUUUCGGUGUCUGAACUGGAUCUCGGUUCUCCUGCUGCAAAGUGCUCCCUUCGAGCUAUGGGAGCCAUUGGAGAGUUAAACACAGGGGAACGGCAUGCUACAGUCUCUUCACUCUCACCAAACACGCUGUUGUGCAUGAAUGUGGAAGCCGACCCUAAAUCUCUGGAUCACAGUAUCAUAUGCAGGGGUACCAGUGGCUGGAUUAAGCCUCACUCCCCUGCAGGGGGUGCAGUAUGCAAGGCUCCAUCUCAGAAGGAGAGAAUGGCCUCACCAGACACCAAACCUGCCAGAGCUUUGACCUUAGAGUUCCCAACCUCCAGAGCUGUGAGCCAUCCAGGAUACAUUGGAUUAAAGGCUGGAGUCCCAGGCAUCUGUGAAGACAAGUCUUCAUACUAAACACAGGCACGGCAUAAGUGGAAGCAGCAUGAGGCCCUCACCAGAUGCAGCUGUCCAGCCACCAAAAUCAUGAGCCAAAUAAACCUCUUUUAUUUAUAAAUUACACAGUCUCAGGUAUGGCAACACAACAUGGACUGAACCAUGUCCCCUUAACCAAGGGAUCAAAAUGAACAUCAUCAGUGAUAUCAACAUUAUGUACCUCCUGAAAUGAUGUGCUGAGAAGGCCACAACAUCAUUUCUGUGGUACUAUUGCUAAAAAUGCAUAUUCUCAAUCUAAUCAUUAGAAAACAAUGGACUGAGGAUAUCCUACAAAAUAACUAGCAGCAUAUCCCAAAAUUUUCAAAGUCAUGAAAGAUAAGGACAUACUGAGGAACUGUCACGGAGGAGGAGACUAUGGAGCUACGACAACUAAAUGCAAUGUCAGUUCCUACAAUGGAUCCUGGAACAGAAAGGGGCAUUACUGGGACAAUUGAUAAACUUCUA